GGUGGCGCGAGUUUUAUAUUUAGAGCGCUUUAGGUCGGCGGGAGAUAGAGCUCUGUGGAUCAGAGUCUGAAUAUUAAUUUGUUUGUUUUGCACUUGUUCUAGUGGAAAGUGUCAAAAUAAAUCGUUUCGAUGGAGGACUUUGGUGUUUAUGCCAUAUUUGGAGUAGAUGAACCACCACAGCAGAUUUUGAGGCCUGAUGUGUGGCAGAGCUCGACUGAGAUCCAGCCUGGUGUCCAGCUGAUGGUUCUCUUCACCAGGGGAGACUGGGGAGAGAGAGAGUCAGUCUCUGUGGAACUUGCUGACGAGAGGAACAUACCCAUUAACAUGGGAAAACUAACACCAUUCAAUAAGUGUCUGUCAUGGGAAUCUGGUGAGGAUGGUGUCUGGUCCAGUGGAGCAACCCUAAAUGUAAAACUCACUGGGGGUAUUGCAGAGUUUUUGGAUCCGGGGCUGACUCUUUCACAGAUGGAAUGCACUCCAGAGUGCAACCCCACAGUACCUGCAGUAAGAGAAUGUCUGGGCAAGAGAAAGCGGACUCAGGGAGAGGAGGAGGAAGAAGAAGAAAUUAAUGAAGGUAGGGGCAAGGAAAACAUCUGUCCUAAUGCCUCUGAUAAGGUGACGCCUCAAAGACGGAGCAAGAACAAUCACCGUGGAGGUCAGACGCGUCUGUUCUCACAACAGGAGCAACAGACUGCAGCUUCCAGUUCUCAGAGCCACAAAGCUAAAGGCAAGCAGGCCAAAACGCCCUUACAGACUGCUCCACUGGACAAGCCAUCAGGUCGCUGGGGUCAAACUCUCUGUCCCAUUGAUCCCCAGACAGCCAUUAUGAUUGGAGGACAAGGUGCCAGAAUGCAGUUCUGCAAAGACCCCAUUUGGAAACUGUGCACAGAGGAUCUUUCUUGGGUACCUGCUGAAACCCUUGCAGAAGGACCCACCCCGGAGGCCCGCAUAGGUCACACAGCGACCUAUGACCCGGAAUCUAAGCGUAUUUUUGUGUUUGGCGGCUCGAAACAUAAGAAAUGGUUUAAUGAUGUUCACAUCCUAGACACACAAACCUGGCGUUGGACUUUGGUUGAGGCGCAAGGAAAAGUGCCUCCUCUGGCCUACCACAGCUGCAGUAUGUUCAGAGGAGAGCUCUUUGUGUUUGGAGGAGUGUUUCCUCGCCCACACCCGGAGCCAGACGGCUGCAGUGACUCCAUCUACAUCUUUAACCCUGAAAUGGCCAUCUGGUAUCAACCUAUUGUCAAUGGAGAGAAGCCUGCACCACGCUCUGGGCACUCCGCAUGUGUGAUGCAGGGGAGGAUCUUUGUGUUUGGUGGAUGGGACACCCCUGUGUGCUUCAAUGACAUGUACAUGCUAGACCUCGGCUUGAUGGAGUUUUCUGCUGUGAAGACCAGUGGAACAGCUCCCUCUCCCAGAAGCUGGCAUGGCUGUGCGGUUCUUUCAGACUGCAGCUUCCUGAUCUAUGGGGGCUACAAUGGAAACAACGCACUGAGUGAUGCAUUCAUCUUCAACACAGACACUAGUUGCUGGUCAUCUCUGAAACUUCCCCAGCUCAGUUCUGUACCCCGAGCUGGACAUUCCAUCAUUACCAUGCCCACCACAUGCAAACAGGGUUCUAUGAAUGAGCAAGAUGUACUUCCAGAGUCAGCCCCACAAACACUUCUGGUUUUUGGUGGAGGUGAUAACGAAGGGAGCUUCUUCUCUGACCUGUUCACUAUUCCAGUAGAGGAGCUAAAAGACUAAACCUUGCAUCGGGAUUUGGUUAACAUGCUUUUUUUAAUAUUAGUUUUAUGUUGUGGUGUUUCAGAUAUAGUUUUUGUGUGUGUGUGUGUAUAGAUUGAUGCUUGUUUAUUUAAAGAGGUCUAUUACACUUUCACUCAGGUAUUUGCAGUAUGUUAUGAGCAAAGCAUUUGUGAUACAAGCCCAAUAUUAUAAAUCAUUACAAGUGGAAUGUUUCCUACAGAACAUGACUAGAUCAUCAAACUAUUAUUGUUUUAUUCACUUUUGAGUGGUUUGGAACCUGUUACGUAAAUGUCUUUACACAGGUUUUUUUUUUUAACAACAGUCCAUAGUGAUCAUGACCGACAAAUUCAAGAAAGUCCAUAUGUGUUGUGUGCUAUAUUGCUU